GGUGGGGUCUAACUCUGAUACCCUAUUCCCCCCCCCCCCCUCCAGCCUCACAGCGAGGGUGUGUCGCUCGGGGAUCGGACUUUGGCACCUCCUCCAGGCUGGCAGGAGGCCGUGCUCUUCGGAUCCCCUAUCUCGGGCCUCUUGCCCAACCGCGCGGCCUGCAAGAACCCACGCCCAGGGAGUGUCACUCCAAUCGGCGAGGACCUGGACGUCUCUGGAGAACAGUCCUGUCCGCUCCGGGCCAGGAAUCGAGGGGACAUCGGAGUCUCUUCACACGACUCGAGGUGGCCUCAUGAUUUCUCUGGCGGACCAUGCCCAUGAUCGUUUUUGCAAGCAUAGUACGGGUGAGGGAUGGGCUGCCCCUCUCAGCCUCCACUGACUUCUACUACGCCCAGGAGUUUCUGGAAUGCAGGAGGCAGCUCAAGGCCUUAGCCCAGAGGCUGGCUCAGUGUCCUGGCCGAGGUUCUGCAGAAAGCCGAGACUUCCAAAUCUAUUUCUUAUCCUCGGGGGACGUGGCCUGCAUGGCCAUCUGCUCACGUCAGUGCCCGGCAGCCAUGGCCUUCUGCUUCCUGGAGACUCUGUGGUGGGACUUCAUAGCUUCCUAUGACGCCACAUGCAUUGGCCUGGCCUCCCGGCCCUACGCUUUUCUUGAGUUCGACAGUGUCAUUCAGAAAACAAAGUGGCAUUUUAACCACGUGAGCUCCUCCCAGAUGAAGAGUGGCUUCGAAAAGAUUCAGGAGGAGCUUGAGCUCCAGCCUCCAGCACUUCUGUCCCUGGAGGGCACAGACGUGGCCAAUGGCGUGCUGAACAGCCACACCCCAGUGCACACUGAGUCUGCCCUGAAUCUCCGGAUGGAGCCGGUGACGGCGCUGGGCAUUCUCUCCCUCGUGCUCAACAUCAUGUGCGCUGCCCUGAACCUCAUCCGCGGAGUUCACCUCGCAGAACACUCCUUACAGAUCGCCCAGGAGGAAGUUGGGAACAUCCUGGCCUUCUUCGUCCCUUCUGUGGCCUGCAUCGUCCAGUGUUACCUGUACCUGUUCUAUAGUUCAGCCAGGACUCUGAAGGUGGUGCUGAUGCUGGCCUUCAUCUGCCUGGGCAACGUGUACCUGCACGGGCUGAGGAACACCUGGCAAAUCCUCUUCCACAUAGGAGUGGCUCUUCUCUCUUCGUAUCAGACCCUAACCAGACAGCUGCAGGAGAGGCAGUCUGACUACGGAGUGUGAGGAUAGCAUCAUGCAGUGAAUGGAGCCUUUGACUUCCCCUCCCCGUCCCCGGAAGGCCAGUCUGUUUCUGCUCCUGCUUCUCAAUUUCACCUCAGAUCUCCAUCCAUGAAGCUCCCGAGAUCACAGGUUCUGGCAGGUGUCAUGGAGGACCCAGGGCGGCCGGUUGCAUCUCGGUUUGUGUGGAGCAUUUGUGGAUAAUGGCCAGCCGGGCACAGGACAGGCAGCCGAAGCCAGAGCUUGCCGGGAGAGCAUCUCUGAUGGUCAGAGUGACCAUGUGUUGGUCUCCUACCUAAAGCGAUGCUGCACACCACUAGAUUCCAUGAUGGUAGCUUUGGUCGUUGGCCUGCCAGGAAAUGGUCUGCAAGGAGACUCUUUAAAGUUGAAACCAGUUUGCAGUUCCAGUGUGACCUCAGUCAGUUUUCCCUAGAGUGUCAGGGUAAAUUAAAAGCUUGAAAAUAUGGCUCAUAAAUGUAAGCUAGGUAAAUUUUGUUUACAUUUUUGAUAACUUGGGUUCGAUAUACUUUUGGAAUAUUUAAAUAUAUUUUGGAUAUAAAUUGAAGCUCAUUUAGAAUGAAGGCAAACUUAGGCUAAAGAAAUGCUAAGUAAAUCCGAGUUUAUUUAAUUUACAGCGACCGUUUAUGGUGGUGGGACUCUGUAGAUACGGAUGUUGUCUGUAUCUCUUUUGCAGGGUCUAUCUGAAGAUUAUUAAAUUAAUAACCAAUAUUACUGGGUCAUAAGCACAUGGACAUUAGCAGAUGUGAGAGCCCCAGGGUCCUUUCCAUGGGGCAGAGAGGAAUGGAAAUGCUGGGGUUCAGCGGUGCUUGGCAGAAUUGGGGAGAGGCUUCGGUCAUCUUUGGGUGGCAGCCCAUUGCCUGUCAAGGUAGCAUUGCUGGAGGCGUGGUCCUGUGUGCCUCCUGGAGAGGCCGUGCCUGAGCAUCUCGGUUAGACCGAGGGCCCUGUUGUUUUAUGGGCAGGCAUUGAGUGGGUGUUAGCGUUGCAAAGCUUCGUGUGACUGACACCCGUGCUGCAAAGCUGCUAAGGUGUGCUUCUGAAUAAGAGCCCCCUGCAGCUCCAGUGUGGGUAUCUGGUGGCACUCAAGAAGCCAUGUUGGGGUUCACCCCUCUGGCUCGUUCUUGGAGUAGUGCCCCCACAACUGUGUGGGUUGAGCCAUUUGGCUCCGUAAGUGAUCAGUCCUAUUUUGAUCGUUUGUGAAGGAGAAAGCUAUCCCCAAAGUUACUGAGUAGCGGGGAAGACAGGUGUGUGGGGUAAAGAGUUCUCUUGCUUGACUGUCGCUGGUACAUGUUGGUGAGCCACCAGGUGUCUGUGACCCAGAACUGGGUUGGGAAAGCAUCGCCGUCUGACUUUGUUUCCUUAGAGGAGAAUUUUCUAUUUUUAAUCAAAUCUAUAAUGUCUGAGUAUAAGUGUCAUAUUGGCAACAUCCUUGGAUGUGAACGUGAACCUUGUGUCUUUGUUGAUCUCACACUGUGUAAUUCUGUAUAUACUGCAUAGGCAAAUGCUCAUUCUUCCUGAGAGAAUUUUGAAGUGGCCAUAGAGGAAGCCAGAGAGAAGAGAAAAUUCUUUUAAUUCAAAACAUACACUCAAAACAUUUUUUAAGUAAGUUAAAAAAAAUCAGCCUAAAAAUACACUGUUUUCCUUGUAA